CCAUUGAUCUGCAUCAUCUGAUCAAUCUGCGCUACACGGAAGGCCAUUUUUCAGCCAUCGAGUUCUUGCCGAUUCCGGCCAUGGCCGAAGAAGAGUCCGGGGAGGCUAUCCGUCCCGAAAUUCCGACCGGACGAGUCAAGAAGAUAAUGAAGGUGGACAAGGACGUAUGCAAAGUGAACUCUGAAGCACUAUUUCUUGUCUCAUGCGCCACCGAUCUCUUCCUGAAGCUUCUCGCUGAAAAGUCUGCAGAAGUCGCCACGGAGAAGAAACGGAAGACAGUUAAGCUUGAACACAUCCGAAUCGCCGUCAAAAGGCAUCGACCGAUCAGUGAUUUUCUCCUCGAUUCGCUACCUCUUCCACCUCAGCCGUCGGAUGCUCCGGCGAAGAACGAGAAUCGCACCCGCACUGCCGCCGACAAAGCAGCUCCCGAGGGAACCCGUCGAAUCGACGAUUUCUUUCGCAAGCCAGCGAAGACAACGUCGGAUGAGAACAACGAGUCGUAGGCGCUCGAGAUUCAACAGUGACAUUUGAACUUGAAGUCAUGUAGUGAGACUCUAAGGGGAUAUUGGGCCAGAAAAUGUGGAUACCACUGAAGCUGUUUCAUCU